AUGGCAAAAUGGGUUAACGAGCUUCCUAAACUGCAGGAAGUGUCAAUUCCCAGAUGUUUCAAACCACCAGGAUUUAAGACGGACCACAUUGAGCUUCAUACGUUUUGUGAUGCCAGCCAAGUUGGAUAUGGUGCAGUAAGUUAUUUGCGCAUGACGUCACAAAAUGGUGUUAUUCGUUGCUCAUUUGUUUUGGGAAAAUCUCGAGUCACACCCAGAAAGCAGAUUACCAUCCCAAGGUUGGAGCUAUGUUCUGCUGUACUUGCAGUGAAGCUCAGUCGAUUUGUCCUAAAGGAGUUGGAAUACAAAGUCAACAAUGUUUAUUACUGGACAGAUUCAACUUCGGUGCUCCAGUAUCUAUCGAAUACAUCAGCAAGGUAUCAUGUUUUUGUAGCUAACCGAGUGGCUCAAAUCCGCAAUAGUUCAGCGAUUGUUCAAUGGAGACAUGUAGACACUAAGAAUAACCCUGCAGAUGUAGCUUCAAGAGAUUUAAGUCCGAGAUGCAUCGACAAAGCCAUUUCUUGGUUCAACGCGCCUGAGUUUCUUUGGCAUUCUCAGGAACACUGGCCAAAGCGUCCUGAAGUUUUACCUCAAAUUUCUGAGAAUGAUCCUGAAGUCAAGACUGUCAUAAAUACAAAGGUUGAUGUGGCAAAGGAUAAUGUCAAGUCUGUGCAAGAGGGACAUAGUGGCACGUUACAUGUUCUUGCAGUCAUUCGAGAACGUUACUGGAUAAUACAUGGUCAAUCUACUGUUCGCUCUUACCUAAGGAAAUGUCUUAAAUGCCGAAUGCAAAGAGCAAAGGUCGGCAAACAAGUUAUGGCACCUCUUCCUGCCAGCAGGGUAACCCCAGGUCAUCCAGCGUAUACAUGGACUGGAAUAGAUUAUAUGGGGCCAGUCCUAAUCAAGCAAGGAAGAAGCACAAUAAAGCGAUAUGUUUGUGUUUUUACAUGUAUGUCUUCUCGUGCUGUUCAUCUCGAAGUUUCACAUUCUUUGGAGACUAAUUCGUUUCUAAAUGCCUUGGAACGAUUUUCAAGUCGUCAUAUCAUGCCAAAGGAGAUCUACUGUGACAAUGCAUCUACAUUUGUUGGAGCCGAACGAGAACCCAUGCUGCAAUAA